CAACUAACGGUGGCCGUGUCAACAUAUUCAAGGUUGUGGGCUUCGGCGCCCAGCGGCUCCCAGAGAACCAUCCGGCCAACCAGGCGAACAACUUGUAUGAUAAUGAUGAUGCCCAAGGCGAACCUGAUACAGCCGUGAUGGGCAAUUUCUCGCGGAGAUCUUCUAGCUUCAGUCUUUCAGGACCACCCCAACGACGGCCGUCUGUGUCCAGCCGAGCUUAGAAUGCUCGGAAUCCCGACGAGUCGUCGCCGCCUAGGUACCGCAAGUCCCCGCCACAAGAGCCUGAGAUGGAAUUCUCUCGGCCUCCUUCUCCUCCUGCGACCUUAAGCGCCCCCACGCCAAACCCGAGUUCAGAGACACAGUUGAAUGCGCAAGCAGAAGCACCGAUCGAGACUACUACGCCGUGCCCAACCCCGGUCCUCGGCUCCCAGUGUCCCCCGAUCGCUAGUCCGCUCUCGAUGCCGCUGCAUACGCCGCGACCAGUUUCGGAGGAGUCUAUCAGACAGCCCGUACGCUCUGUGGGGCAGCAUCCUAGUCCGCUUUCGGGGCAGGAGCAGCCUCCGGGAUCUCCUUCGCACCAGCCUGUGAGACGAGUUGUGGAACGCCCUCCGGAAAAGAGCCCACAUUCGCGCCUUAAAGAGUAUGCUCCGCGACAAGCUGCUCAGCAACCACAGCAGUCCUCCGCGGAAAAUCUUCCUCCGCCUCCGGUGCCCGAAUCGCAAGAAAGUCCCAAACUGAUUGUAAAUGAUAGUGUAUGGAGCCCUUCACCACAACAGCAUCAGGGUUCUACACUGGAAUCGAAGUUGGUCGAGAUAGGGCCGAAAAGUCUGGGGUCUCAGCAGCCUCCCUGCUCAUCCCCGCCAAAGGACAAUUGCCCAACUCUAGGCCCAGAACUUGGAGCAAGCCCGUGGCCGAAGUCAUCGACGGAUUCGGUUUCUCCUCAUCAAGGACGCUUUCAAUCUUCAAAUCCUAAGCUCGAACAGUCUCUCACUGGGUUUGGCGCGUUGGUAGUGCAAAGCAAACGCGCAGUGACGCCACCGUGGCGUUCCCGCUCCCGGUCUUUUCGGAAGAGCAAUCACUCGUCGAUUUCAGGACAAUCGCCAGCAGGUAAAAUAGAACUACCCCGUCGUCGUCUUUCUCCACCUCAAGAACCUCGCCCAGUCCCGCCUGCCACAUUCCCAGCCGUUACGGGUGUAGCAGGACUCCCACGUCGCCCUUCUAGUUCUCCGCCACGUCCAUUUGAGUCAAGCCCAGUACGGUCUUAUCGCCGGGCUCCGCGGCAUGCACAGCCCUUCAUCCAAAAUCGUAGACAAGUGUCGCCAUCGUAUUCUGCGCUGCAACAGACUCGUCCGAUGCCAGUUCCAGGCCUUCAUCCAACUUGGGAUCACAUAGCAGCGCCAAGUCAUGUACCAUCCGUGCCUGCCUUCACUCCCAUGAUGGUAACAACAGGUGGUGUGCAAAAUACCUCUUUGCCCCCGGAACUGCCACGUGGAAUUACUUCCGAGGCGGAAAUUCAACAAUCUUUGCGGCGGGCUGAAGCGGCGAGUGCCAUUCAAUCUCAUGCUCAGCACCACUCUUUUCCCAAUUUCCACGGUCGUCCUAGAUUCGAUAGAGCAGCCCAAGCACACCGUUCCGGUUCCGUGGCGCGGCAACAGGCAGCUCCUCAAUACCGACGACAAGCGGCGGGAGGCAUGCCGUUGACGCACCGAGGCGUGAGCGUGCUGCAACAUUAUGCCUUUGCUAACUCGCCUCAGACAGUAUCGUCUGGAUCUCCGCCGUCCGUUCCACAGGCACAGCACCAGAAUAUCUACCACCAGGACCCAUACCACCAGGGUCAAUAUCACCCGGGUACCUACCUCCAGGGCACGCACCCCCAGGGUGCCCACAACCAGGUUGCCCCGUAUCAGGGCGUCCACAGACAGGGUGGCUACCCGGGCGGCUACAACCAGAGCAUCAGGCCUCAGCGGCAGUAGGGAUUGCCGGGGUGUUGUCAGUGGCCGAAAUUGAAUAGCGAUUCGGUAGUGGCUAGGUUGAAGCUUGGAGAAUUGGGUUAUCCUCCGAUUUUCUAUAUAUGACUGAUGCAGAAGUCUAUCGAAACCGGUCAGCCUGCCUAUUGCGUUUUGUUGCGUUUUGUUGCGUCGUAUAUUAUGUUUGAAUGCGGCAUGGGCCAGGCUAGUUUGUUCAAGUCCUUGUUUUUCCUUCUUUGUAUUUGAUUCUAUGGUUUUAUAGUCAGGUUUUCUUCUUCCUAUCUUGUCUUUUUUCAGCGCCCUUGGCUUUCGUGGCUGGCGUUCUUGGCCCGGAGAAUUGAUUGGGGGUUGGCAUUGAGAACUCUAUCACGCAUAGGUAGCAAAACAGCUUGGGAGGAAAGGAGUUUGGUGGUUUCGGAUAAUGACACUAUUAUCCUGCGACGGAAGCAAGACAUGAGUU